AUGAGUUCGACAUCGACCUAUCUGUUACCUGGUGAGCGUGAUGGUUCAUCAUUGUCUAUCAUUCACAACCAUGGCAUUAGACGAGCAGGUUCGUCAUCCAUUUCGUCAAAACAAACAAUCCAGGACAAUUUUCUCUCCAUUCCGCGUAUCUUUGAACCGAAAGAAUCGGAUCUUGUGAUUGGUAUUAUCAUUGUUCGCGCACCCGAUCUAUUUCUUGUCGAUAUCAACAGUCCCGAAUCGGCUAUAUUACCCAUCACAUCCUUCGAUGAAGGUCGACUACCUUCUCGUCAAACAAUGAACCGUUUGAGUGUUGUUUAUGCUCGUGUUGUGCGCACAGAUCCAUGGACACAAACGGAACUCUCCUGUCAAUCGAUCGAUCGAACAAAGAAGAAAUCCGAUUUUGGUCAUAUUAGUCAAGGAAACAUCAUUCGUUGUUCAUUAGCAUUACGCGAUAAAUUACAACACUCACAAUUAAUUCAUCAUUUGAAUCGUCUUGUGAAAAAUUUUCGCAUUCGCGUUGCACGAAAUGGUUUUAUUUGGUACAUAACAGAUACGACAAAUGCAGCAAUUGCUGUGAAGAACAUUUUAUACGAGCAUGAAUCGGAGAACGAUAUCGAUCGUUUAGUAAACCUUUAUCAAACAUUAAUGGAUAAACUUCAACAGCAAGAUACUAGCCUUGUCAAAGCCAAACAAAAGCAACAACCGGUGAAGAAAUCCACCGAAAUUAAAAAAUCCGAACAACCAACAAAUAGUACUGCCGUCGCACGGCUUUUGAAUACAGUGAUAAAGAGUGUUCUCGAUCAAAUUAUUGAUCAAAUCGAAAAAGAAUGA